AGACGGUCGGCCGGAGGGCCGAGGGCGGCGGCCUCCCCCGCGCCCCGGGGUAUGCUGCGCCGGGCGCCGAGGGGAGCCCAGGCCACCCGGACUUGACGCGGCCGAGCGCGGCGGCGGCGGCUCCCCGAGGUCAAGAUGCUGCAAAACGUGACUCCCCACAAGCUCCCUGGGGAAGGGAAUGCAGGGUUGCUGGGGCUGGGCCCAGAGGCAGCCGCACCAGGGAAGAGGAUUCGAAAGCCUUCUCUGUUGUAUGAGGGAUUUGAGAGCCCCACGAUGGCUUCUGUUCCCGCUUUACAACUGACCCCUGCCAACCCUCCACCCCCUGAGGUGUCCAAUCCCAAAAAGCCAGGACGCGUAACGAACCAGCUGCAGUACCUGCACAAGGUGGUGAUGAAGGCUCUGUGGAAGCAUCAGUUUGCAUGGCCGUUCCGGCAGCCUGUGGAUGCUGUGAAGCUGGGUCUGCCGGAUUAUCACAAAAUUAUUAAACAGCCUAUGGACAUGGGUACUAUCAAGAGGAGACUUGAAAACAGUUACUACUGGGCAGCCUCAGAGUGUAUGCAGGAUUUCAAUACCAUGUUUACCAACUGCUACAUUUAUAACAAGCCCACUGAUGACAUUGUCCUAAUGGCACAGACACUGGAAAAAAUCUUCUUACAGAAAGUGGCGUCAAUGCCACAAGAGGAACAAGAGCUUGUGGUGACCAUCCCUAAGAACAGCCAUAAGAAGGGGGCCAAGUUAGCAGCACUCCAGGGCAGUGUUACCAGUGCUCAUCAGGUGCCUGCUAUUUCUUCUGUGUCGCAAACAGCCCUGUACACACCACCGCCGGAAAUACCUACUACUGUCCUCAACAUUCCCCACCCAUCAGUCAUCUCUUCUCCCCUUCUUAAGUCCCUGCACUCUGCUGGACCCCCGCUCCUUGCCGUGUCAUCAGCCCCUCCAGCUCAGCCCCUUGCCAAGAAAAAAGGUGUUAAACGGAAAGCAGAUACUACCACCCCUACACCGACAGCCAUCCUGGCUCCCGGUUCCCCCGCUAGUCCUCCUGGGAGUCUUGAGCCAAAGGCAGCACGGCUUCCUCCUAUGCGCAGAGAGAGUGGCCGCCCAAUCAAACCCCCACGAAAAGACUUGCCUGACUCGCAGCAGCAACACCAGAGCUCCAAGAAGGGGAAGCUGUCAGAACAGCUGAAGCACUGCAGUGGCAUUCUGAAGGAGCUGCUCUCCAAGAAGCACGCUGCCUACGCCUGGCCCUUCUAUAAGCCAGUGGACGCUUCUGCGCUGGGCCUUCACGAUUACCAUGACAUCAUUAAGCACCCCAUGGACCUCAGCACUGUCAAGCGGAAGAUGGAGAACCGUGACUACCGGGACGCACAGGAGUUUGCUGCUGAUGUGCGGCUUAUGUUCUCCAACUGCUAUAAGUACAACCCUCCAGACCACGAUGUUGUGGCCAUGGCACGAAAGUUACAGGAUGUGUUUGAGUUCCGCUAUGCCAAGAUGCCAGAUGAGCCGCUGGAACCAGGGCCUUUAACGGUCUCCACUGCCCUGCCUCCUGGGUUGGCCAAGUCAUCUUCAGAGUCCUCAAGUGACGAGAGCAGCAGUGAGAGUUCCUCUGAGGAAGAGGAAGAGGAGGAUGAGGAAGAUGAAGAGGAGAGUGAAAGUUCAGACUCUGAGGAAGAAAGGGCCCACCGCCUGGCAGAGCUGCAGGAGCAGCUUCGGGCAGUUCAUGAACAACUGGCUGCCUUAUCCCAGGGCCCAAUAUCUAAGCCCAAGCGGAAGAGAGAGAAAAAAGAGAAGAAGAAGAAGCGGAAGGCAGAGAAGCAUCGAGGCCGAGCUGGGGUUGAAGACGAUGAGAAGGGGCCCAGGGCACCUCGCCCACUUCAGCCCAAGAAGUCUAAGAAAGCAGGUGGUGGUGGGGGUAGCAGUGCUGCUGUGCUAGGCCACCCUGGCUUUGGCCCUGCUGGAGGAUGCAGCAACAAGUGAGUACUUGAGACACCGCCUGGGGAGUUUCAUAGGCAGUCUGGGUGCAGUGAACUCACUGGUGGUUCUAUCGCCCACAGGCUGCCUAAAAAGGCCCAGAAGACUGCCCCGCCUGUCUUACCCACUGGCUACGAUUCAGAGGAGGAAGAAGAAAGCAGGCCCAUGAGUUAUGACGAGAAAAGGCAGUUGAGCCUGGACAUCAAUAAAUUACCUGGGGAGAAGCUGGGGCGAGUUGUACAUAUCAUCCAAGCCAGGGAGCCCUCUUUGCGUGAUUCAAAUCCAGAAGAAAUUGAGAUUGAUUUUGAAACGCUCAAGCCGUCCACACUGAGGGAGCUGGAGCGGUAUGUUUUGUCCUGCCUUCGGAAGAAGCCCCGCAAGCCCUACACUAUUAGGAAGCCCGCGGGGAAGACAAAGGAGGAGCUGGCUUUGGAGAAGAAGCGGGAGCUGGAGCGGCGCCUGCAGGACGUCAGUGGGCAGCUCAACUCCACCAAGAAGCCCCCCAAGAAAGCAAGUGAGAAAACGGAGUCGUCAUCUACACAGCAAGUCGCAGUGUCCCGUCUCAGUGCUUCCAGCUCCAGCUCAGACUCCAGCUCCUCCUCGUCCUCUUCAUCUUCUUCAGACACCAGCGAUUCCGACUCGGGCUAAGGAGCCAGGCCAGAUGGGGCAGGAAGGCUCCGCAGGACCGGACCCCUGAACCACCCUUCCCCACUACUCUUCCCCCUUGCUGGGACACUUGUUCACCUCACCCCCUCCAUAGGAGAGCUGGCUCUGCAGUGGGGAGGAAUGCAGGGACAUGGACAAUAAGAUGGACUGUCUAGCCCUGUUGGGAACGGCCUUGUGGUGUUCCUGCUGAUGAUGGGGGUGGGUGGGCGUGGGCACAGGCCUGGCACAAAGCCACCUGAGGCUGUAGCUGUCCUGUUUACUUCUACGGGCCCUGUUUUGAGGUUUUUAUUUAUUUAAGCUAGGUAAGGCGGUAAGAGGGUCCCAUAGCGCCGUGGUGGUCAUCCUCCAGCCUCCAUGGG